CCGGGAGAGCCGGGGGCGGGGGCGGGGGCCGGGAGGCGGGGCCAAGAGGAGAGACGGACGGGAACUAGGACGUCACUUCCGUCUGCGCAGUUACCCAGGGCAGAAGCCAAGCCCCGAAGCCAAGCCCCGAAGCCGAGCCCAGGCCAGCGGCGAUUGGCAGGACUUUAAAUGUCUUUGGUACAAGAAAAGGAAUUUGAAUUUGCAAAGAGGGAUAAAGCUGCCAGAGUCAUUCAGAAGGCCUGGAGAAGGUUUCUCAAUAUCGCUAUUUUCCAAUACUUUAAAAGUCUGAUUAAUAUAAGAAGACAAGGAGAACCACGUCACAUAAUAAGAUGUAUUAAUCCUAAAGAGGCAGAGCUUCUAGAUGCUGCAGCUGGCAUUCAUGUACGGUUCAGAUUUGGUGGUGCUAAAUUUCCACCUGACAUAUACUAUAAAAUUUUUACUGAAAGACACAUUGAAGAUCUGUGUGCUAAUAGCCCUAGAGAUUACACAAAACUUUCAGCAAAAUAUGCAUCUCAUAUUAGAAGUGAUAAUCUUCAGAAACAGGAUUGUAGAGGCUGGUAUCGUCGUAUAGAGAACAAUGGCUGGAGGCUUGUUUCUGAUAGAUUUUGGUUGUCUACUGAACAUGCAAUUGGAGACAAAAAGGAAACCAAAUUUCAUUUCUCUAAACUGAAAAGAAGACAAGAUAUAGAAAAAAAGAGAAAAAUUAGAAAAAUAGAAUGGAUGAGGCAAAUGUACUAUAAAGGACACCUGGAGGCUAAGUCAACAAAUCUAAAAACUCUAGGUUUAAUUCACAGAGCAUCAAAGGGGCUAAUAAAAUCUAUUGAAGAUGGCGGAAUAGAUUCUGUGAUGGAAUGGGAAGUGGAUGAAGUGCUGAACUGGACAAAUACACUGAACUUUGAUGAGUAUGUUGCCAACUGGAAGGAAAUUGCUACAAGCGACUCUUCAGUUAACUUCAAAAGUUUCAGGUUUCAACAAGAACAGAAAUAUAUAUAUGACUAUGCAGCGAUAUCAGAGGGCAUGGGAACAUCAAAUAAUACUUCAUAUGGAAAUACUUAAGAAGAACCAAAUUUUACUAGCCUAACACCUAAUUCCCCUUAUGGAACAUAAAUAUAAAGUACUCUUUUCUUUUUUGAGCUAUAGCCCUUCAAACCCUUAUUACAUUCGCUAUACUUAAGAGAUAAGUUAUUCUGACUAGAAUGACAUAUAUUCUUGGCACAGAAUCUACCCAAUUAAGGAAGAUUAAAAAGAAAUAGAACAUUGGACUAGAUACAGUGGUCAUAGAAAAUACAGAAAUUAUUUCUGGUAUUCUGAAAACUGUAAUAUUCUGACCAUCACACUUAAAUAAAUAUGCUUAGGUGCGAAA